UCCUCUCCUUGGCUGGCCUCUGAGCAGCAGACAGGCUAGUAAGAUGUCUGCGGCUGGUCCGGCCACUACCAGCACCAUGAAGGACGAAGUGGCUCUUCUGGCUGCCAUCACCCUCCUGGGAGUCCUGUUGCAAGCCUACUUCUCUCUGCAGGUGAUCUCCGCCCGCAGGACCUUCCACGUGUCGCCUCCCCUCACCACCGGCCCACCGGAGUUUGAACGCGUCUACCGAGCCCAGGUGAACUGCAGCGAGUACUUCCCGCUGUUCCUCGCCAUGCUCUGGGUGGCCGGCAUCUUCUUCCAUGAAGGCGCGGCGGCCCUGUGCGGCCUGGUCUACCUGUUCCAGCGUCUCCGCUACUUCCAGGGCUACGCGCGCUCGCCGCAGCUCAGGUUGGCCCCGCUGUACGCGAGCGCGCGUGCGCUCUGGCUGCUCGUGGCGAUGGCUGCGCUGGGCCUGUUGGUCCAUUUCCUCCCCGCCCGGCUGCGUGCUGCGCUCCUCACUCAGCUCCGGGGGCUGCUGCCGAUGGCCUGAGACACGGAGGCCGCCUGGGCUGGCCCGGCCGAGAAGAGCGGGAGCACAAAGGAAGGGUACCCACCUCCGCGUCAU